UUUUUACAAAAUCCCGUAGUUUUGUCCUUAUUCACGUUGGUGCAAUUCGAUCGAGAAGAAUGCUUUAGUUCUUCUGGAAACAGGGGCACUUGUUUGAGCGUUUUGGAAUGCUCUCAAAGAGGAGGAACAUCUGAUGGAACUUGUGCGGCUGGUUAUGGGACAUGCUGUAUCUUUUUAAAGGCCUGUGGCUCAAUCCUCCGAGAAAACAGAACACUCUUCGUCAAUUACAACUAUCCAGAACCUUAUGAUGGUAUCGGAACUUGCCAAAUAACCCUGCAAAAACUGAGUCCAGACAUUUGCCAGUACAGGCUUGAUUUCGAUGAAUUUCUUCUGAUGGGACCUGAAAGUGAAAAUCAUAUCUGUGAGAACGAUCAGUUCAUUAUAGCAGGAUCACCCGGGUCUGUACCAAUCAUUUGUGGCAUGAACAGGGGAAAUCAUAUGUAUAUUGAUGCUGGAAGCGACCCCCAAAAUUCCAUGGUACUCUCCGUGGUCACCAAUGGAGAAUCCUUCAAUAGAACUUGGAAAAUAAGAAUUAGUCAGAUUCCGUGCAGUUCUAAUUAUAAGGCCGAUGAAGGGUGCCUGCAGUAUUUUUCGUCUGUCAGCGGACAAAUAACGUCCUUCAACUACGAUCCUACCGAAGGACUUCAACUAUCAAACCAGAACUACGGCAUAUGCAUCAGACAAGACAGGAAUUUUUGCGGGGUACAGUACACCCAGUGUCCAGAUCCAGAAAAUGACCCAAUUCAAUCGUUCACGCUCAGCGGGAAUUCCAAUACCAACGUGCCUGCAAUGGUGGGUAGUACAGGAAGUUCUAACUUCUGCCAAUCUGAUUACUUAAUCAUUCCGAUGGUUUCUAAUGUUGGUAGACCACCAUCUGGUCCUUCGGCAAACGUUGACAGGAUUUGUGGUGGUAUUCUAAGCGCUGAUGUCACCCUGAACCCGACGACUGUAAGAAGUAUCGUGAAGCCCUUUCGUCUAUGGUUUCACACGGAUGGGGUGGAAGCCCCAGCAGAUCGGGGAAACAAGGGAUUCUGUCUGAACUACGUACAGCAGCCCUGCACGAGCGGCAUUUAAAUAACCACACGCGUCAGCAGGACGCUGUCAGGAGUGGCGUAUCGCAGCCUGGUAUGCAGGAGCGGAGUGAAUUUCGUCGUGAAUUUAUGAUUUCUGGACGCAUUUCGAGGGUGGGAUUUUUAUGUACUGCUCGAAAUACUGACGUUGUUUGAUGGGUUGGAACUGAAAGUGUCGCUUUUAUGUGUUUUUUGGGAUAUUCAUUAUUUGUGACGGCGCCUGUGGGGUCAUAGGGGUAGGUGUUGCAGAAUUAGCUCAACCUUUGGAAUUUUAUGGAAUGUAACUUUAAAGUAUGGAAUAUUGGGGAGAAAUUAAGGGUGCUACCUUCCAAUAAUAAAGUUACUAAGAGACACU